AUGGCCAGUUGUUCACCAACUCUAGCCGCCCAGAAGAGAUGGCGUAUGCCACAUCAGACGAAGAAAGACCCCGAGAACCCAUCAAUUGAACAACCUAAGAACAAGCCUCUACGAACUCAAGAUUCCCCCCAGACGAAGCCUCGCGCGCAGGUUGAGAAGCAAAAGCGACCUCGAGAAGAUGAAGUUAUACCCUCCCGCCUUUUGCUCGAGAGGGCCUCAGAACCAACACGAACAGUUUGGAAGACAACCGGCGAAGCUCGAGUUGACUACUGGAGAGAGAAUGGAACCUGGCCAAACGCGGAGCAAGAAGAAACCAUGGAUCGUUUUCGAGAGCUUGUCCAGCCUGCGCUGGCAAGAAAGAAGUCAUCGGUUUCCCUACGUCGCAAAUGUUCAGAUGCGAGCAUCAACUCCGAAACAGUCCUAACACGAACACCGAGCGACCAAUUGCCGCGGGAACAGAAGAGCGCCCCAUACCGACAUCCUCGUUAUGAAAGCCAGCUCAGUGAACGCGGUAGCUUCAUGAAUAAAUACAAGAAUAUCAGUGUGGAGAGCAAAGAGCUUUGCCAAAAGCUUCUAAAGUCGCCACAGUCGCCGCCAAAAGAUACAUCGUUUGAAGAUGAUCUGUUCGAGGAUACUUUGAAAUUGAUCAAAGGCAGGAACGAGACCAGGGUGAUUCGUGACAUCGCGCAGCUGAUUGUUCCUUCUGCCGAAAUUCUAGCAAUUCGCGGCUCUAAGCAUCUAGAGAUUCUCCGAGAGACUACCAACGCCGGCUGGAACAACGCUAUCCCAUUUUACGGAUCAGGACCGCAACCAGACUACAGCCUUGGAUUCAAGCGGGAAGCUUUUACUAAGGAACAACUGCAAAAGCUUCAGCCCUUUAUUGGAAACGAUCUGGAAGAUUGCUCCUAUUUUGCCGCCACGUACGAUAUGUACUUUCCAUUCCUAACCAGCGAAGUGAAAUGCGGAGCAUCCGCGCUUGAUAUCGCCGAUCGACAAAACGCUCACAGUCAAACUGUCUUAUCACGUGGUCUUUUCGAGCUCUUCCGUCUUGUAGGCCGAGAGAGAGAGCUUCACAACACAAUCAACGGCUUUUCAUACUCGCAUAGUGAUGUUGAUGUGCGAAUUUGGGCACAUUUGAUUGUCAUAAAUGGUGACAACCCUGAGUUCUACCGAGAACCAAUUGCGAAGUUUGACAUCGAAAAGACAGCACAAGCGGACAACAGAUGGGUUGCAUGGACUGUUGCCAUGAACAUCCUUGAUUUAUGGGCCACUGAUCACUUUAAACUGAUCUGCUCUGCUAUCGAUAUGUUACCCGCUGGCUUGAACUUCGACGUCUCUGAGCUGUCCGAACUUCAAUCCGUAGAUGCAGACCUAGUCUCGUCACGCUCAGGAUUGUCCCAGCAACUUGAAGAGUAUACCUUAGCUCAUGAUCAUGUCGUACUGGACAGUCAGCCGAGUGUUCAGCAGAUCACCCCAGCCACAACAAUCCAAACAAAGUCGGGCAACUCCAAGAAGAAAAAGACGAAGUAA